AUGGUAGAGCAACCAACGAAAUCCCUUUUGGAGUACGGUAUUCCUGAUACGACUACCGGAAUCCUUUCUAGCAUCGUAAGAUCACAUGUGACGGCUCAGCACUUUGAGCUCAAGCCGCAAUUCAUCCAGUUCAUCCCCAAUGAUUCAUUUGCAGGGCUACCACAUGAUUGCCCGGUAAGUCAUAUUGAUAGUUUUUUGGAGAAAUGUGAUACUAUGAAGAUGAAUGGUGUUACAGAUGAUGCAAUUAGACUACGCCUUUUCCCCUUCUCAUUACGGGAUAGGGCAAGGGAGUGGUUGAGAGAUGUAGGCACUGGCUCAUUCGAUACGUGGGACAAGCUAGUGAAGGCCUUCUUAGUGAAGUUUUUGGGGCAAGAAAAGACUACUAGGCUGAGGAAUGAGCUAUCCACCUUUAGACAGUCAGAUGACGAGUCUCUCUAUGAGGCUUGGAGAAGGUUUAAGAGGCUACAGAGACAAUGCCCUCAUCAUGGCAUUCCAAAUCGAAUUUUAAUGCAAACCUUCUAUAAUGGCAUGACUCAUGAGUUCCGGAUCUAUAUUGAGGCUGCGUCAGGAGGCUCUCUCUUGACAAAGAACCUUACUGAAGCAAAGGAGCUCAUAGAGAAGAUGGAGGCCAAUGAUAACUAUCAUCCAGGAGGCCGACAUACUGUGAAAAAGGGAGGUAAGCUUGAUGUAGAUGCUUUGACUAUGCUAACCAGUUCUGUGCAAGCACUAACAAGCAGGUUUGAUAAGUUCCAAGCGGGAGCUUCUACUAGCCCACAGGAGCUGUGUCAAUUGUGUAAUGUGCAGGGUCAUAUUGCACCAGACUGUCCGCAGAUUUCGCAGAAUACAAAGGAGAUGUCAAUCGAGCAGGCAAAUGCUUUCUACUCCUCUAACCCAAAAAGGCCUUACGACCCCUAUUCCAACACCUAUAAUGAAGGAUGGAAGAACCACUCCAACUUCUCAUACAAGAACUCCCAAGCACAGCAAAAUCCACCACCACCACCUCAACCCAACAACUACAACCAACCACCACCUGGCUUCCAACAAAGACCACCUAUGAGCCAACAACCAAUGCAACUACUUCCCCAAAAAUCUAGCCUUGAGUUGAUGAUGGAGAGCUUCAUUACCACAACCAAUAGUGUCAUCCAACAGUUGCAAGCCUAG